AUGCCCCUGCGCGCGCUGGUGACGCUCCGGUUCGGCCCCUACCGGAGCUGCGGGGUGUUGGAGCACAGGCCCUUCCGCCUGCAGGGCUUGCAAGCUGUGUUGCAAGCAGAGGGUCACCAACUUAUUCUAGAAAAGAUACCAGAUUGGAAUAAUGUAGAACUCAUAGUGAAUGGAGAGACUGUUUUCCAGUGCAACGUUAAUGACCUGGACUUUGGAGGUGAUGGCAAAUUGGAUCCACUAUGUGAAGAAGCCAGAAUAGCAGUGCUAAAUGCCUACUGA